AAUUACUAUUGUGGUGAUGGGGAUUCGAUGGCUGGUUCCACAAAUUGGCUGGCACAGUUGAUAAUUUGAUACUGGCCUAAAGCAUGUCGACCCCAUGCGUUGUUGCUUUAAAACCUAUUCUUCCGACGGAUCAGUUCAAUGUCUUGUUAUUGCUGAUUUCUUCAUUUUGCCCUUUGCACGCUCUGUUUUGCUCCAUCUUUGGUUCUGGAUUUUGUUAUCUUGCCCUCGUUCCCUCUUGACGUAUUGCGAGUUACAUAAUCAUAAUGUUGCGCCGAUUUUCAUCGACCUUUAAAAAGUCGUCGAAAGGCGAUCGGGAGGCGAAGCCGAAUGGAACCCAGGUAAACGGGCAGAAGCGUCAGUCGAAAGUGCCGACGGCGGGGGACUCAUCCACGGAAGAGAGUCGCAGCGAUCGCAGCGACAAGAGUGACGAUGGCCUGCCGGCAUUCGAAAAGUAUGCCCAGGUCUUACACGCUUCUCGGCGCCCUUUGCCAACCCAGAAUGGCGAUGGCACCUACCUGGAGCACGAGCACUCGAGCAGCUUGUUCCAGGAUCUGCGAUCCCUGGGUAUUAAUGACGCCGGGACGCUGAAGGAUCUCAUCAAGACCAAAGCGAAGGGAGAAUACAUCAACGAUAAGACAAUGCUUAUGGAGCGAAUUAUCAAACUCGUCAGCAGCCUCCCAGGAAACUCGAAGACCCGCGCCGACCUCACAAAUGCCUUUUUGGACGAACUCUGGGGUUCCUUGCCUCACCCACCUCUGUCGUACAUGGGAGAGGAAUAUGCCUACCGUUCAGCCGAUGGUUCCAACAACAACCCGACUCUUCCCUGGCUAGGCGCCGCCGAUACCGCCUAUGCGCGUUCGAUCGCGCCUUUAACGAUCCAGCCCGGUGGGUUGCCAGAUGCCGGUCUGGUUUUCGAUUGUCUAUUUGCGCGCGAGAAAUUCACCCCUCAUCCGAACAAAGUGUCGAGUCUGUUCUUCGACUGGGCGUCGCUUGUCAUCCACGAUAUCUUCCAGACGGAUUACAGAAACCCUAAUGUCAACAAGACGUCUGCCUAUCUCGAUCUCUCCAUCCUGUACGGGGAUAACCAGGAAGACCAGGACUUGGUGCGGACAUUCAAGGAUGGAAAGCUGAAGCCCGAUACUUUCUCGGAACAGCGACUCCAGGCGUUCCCACCAGCCUGCUCCGUGUUGAUGGUUAUGCUUAGCAGAUUUCAUAAUUGGGUCGUAGGGGAGCUGGCAGCUAUUAACGAAAAUGGCCGCUUCAACAAGCCCAAGGCUGAUCCCGACGAGGAGAAAACGAGAAAGGCUUGGGCCAAAUACGACAACGAUCUUUUCCAGACCGGACGACUGAUUACAUGCGGCCUUUUCAUCAAUAUCACUCUCUACGAUUAUCUACGCACCAUUGUCAAUUUGAACCGGAGCAAUUCCACUUGGUGCUUGGAUCCCAGAGCGCAGAUGGAGGGCAGCAAGAGUACCCCAUCUGGGCUUGGUAACCAGUGCUCCGUGGAGUUCAACCUCGCAUAUCGCUGGCACUCGGCUAUCAGCGCCAAUGAUGAAAAGUGGACUGAGGAGGUCUACGAAGAACUCAUGGGGAAGCCUGCCGCGGAGGUCUCGAUGCACGAGCUUCUCCAGGGGCUUGGCAAAUACGAGCGAGAGAUCCCCAAGGACCCAUCCAAACGCACGUUUGCCAACCUCAAGCGCCAGGAAGAUGGAACGUUCAAAGACGAGGAACUUGUGAACAUCCUAGUCAAUGCCAUCGAGGAUGUUGCCGGCUCCUUCGGCGCACGGAAUGUGCCCAAGGUCUUAAAAUCCGUGGAGAUCCUGGGCAUUGAACAAGGCCGCAGAUGGAAUGUCGGCUCUCUGAACGAAUUCCGCAAGUUCUUCGAUUUGAAGCCAUACGAGAGGUUUGAAGACAUUAACUCCAACCAAGAAGUCGCCGACGCGCUUCGUCAUCUGUACGAGCAUCCGGAUUAUGUGGAACUCUACCCUGGUAUUGUAGCUGAAGAGGCCAAGGAGCCCAUGAUUCCUGGUGUUGGCAUUGCUCCUACGUACACGAUUUCUCGUGCAGUUCUCUCCGAUGCCGUGGCACUUGUGCGCGGUGACAGAUACUAUACCAUUGACUACAACCCACGCAAUCUUACCAACUGGGGAUACAAUGAGGUCCGGUAUGAUCUGAACAUCAACCAGGGAUGCGUGUUCUACAAACUCGCGCUGCGGGCCUUCCCGAAGUUCUUCAAGUCUGAUUCUAUCUACGCACACUACCCCAUGACCAUCCCCAGCGAAAAUAGGAACAUCAUGAAGGACCUUAGCCGCGAGUCUCAUUAUUCUUAUGACCGGCCUCGCUACACUGAGGCUGCUCCGACCCUGCUGUCCUACCCCAACGCCAAACUCGUCCUGAACAGCCCGAACGACUUUCAUGUGCUCUGGGGGGGACUUAGCUCGCUCCAUGCUGGAAAGGGAGGUAUUGACUUCUGGAGUAAGUCCUACGACAACGAUCAAUGGCGGAAGAACAUCCGAGACUUUUACGAGGACGCCACCUUGAAGUUACUCGGCGAGAAAUCUUGCAAGCUGGCUGGGAUCAAGCAGGUGGACAUCACCCGGGAUGUCGGAAAUCUGGUGCCCGUCCAUUUCGUCUCCAAGAUCUUUUCGUUGCCGCUGAAGACGAAGAGCAAUCCCCGGGGCAUCUUCACUGAGCAUGAGAUGUUCAUGAUCAUGGCGGUGGCCUUCACUUCCACGUUCUUCGAUGUUGACCCUACCAAGUCAUUUGCGCUGCACCAUGCAGCCCGCGCUGUCUCGCAGGAGCUGGGUCGGGUGGUGGAAGGUCACGUCAAGUCCAUCAACUCUCCCGGAUUCCUUCACAGUAUCAUCGACAGCUUCCGCGAUGACCACAAUGCCCUGAAGGACUACGGCGAUCAGCUGAUCAAGCGUCUUUUGGAGAGCGGCCUGGGAGUGUCCGAAGUGACCUGGGGCCAGAUCCUGCCGGCCGCCGUUGAGAUAGUUCACACCCAGGCUCAGAUGUUCACCCAGAUCAUCAACUUCUACCUCACGCAGGGCAAGGCAUAUCUUCCGGAGAUCAACCGCCUGGCCCGGGAGGAGACCGAGGAUGCGAAUGACAAGCUUGCCCGGUACUGUCUGGAGGCUGUCCGUCUGAAUGGCAACCUGGGCACCUACCGCCAGUCUCAGACGCAUCUCACCGUGUCUGAUGAGAGCGGCCAAUACACCAUCAAGCCAGGCGAGAAGGUGUUUAUCGGCUCGGAGAGAGCGAACCGUGACCCCAGAGCUUUCCCAUCGCCCAACGAAGUGCGUCUUGACCGGCCUCUAGAGUCCUACCUGCGCUUUGGCACUGGCCCGGAGAGUGGACUGGGCACGGAUGCCACCCUGAUCGCGGUCACUGCCAUGGUGCGGAUUGUCGCUCGUCUGGACAACCUCCGGCCUGCUCCUGGGGCUCAGGGGCAACUGAAGAAGAUUCCUCAGGCGGCUGGAUUCUCGGUAUACCUGCGGGAGGACCACGGCAGUUAUUCCCCGUUCCCGACCACCUACAAAGUGCACUAUAACGGGGAUGUGCCCGCUCCUAAGCGACAGGUGACGACUGUUUGAGUGGUGACUCGCUUUGGUAUCAUGU